AUGGUGAUGAUCCACGGCAUCCCCUCUCAGGAAGUCCAGGGGAGAAAUGAUUAUGAGAACGAAACCGUCUUUCGGAGGAACUGUCUUCCUACGCGAGCCUACUACAUACCCGCUGAUUCUUUAUUGUUGAAUGGCAAGUGGGACUUUCAUUAUGCAUCAACCCCCCUCGAAGCUCCUGGCUCUGAAGCAAUGCCUGGCCUUGAAGCGCCACCCGUAUCGUGGUCUAGCAUUCACGUCCCCGGUCAUUGGCAGCUUCAAGGCUGGGGACAUCCCCACUACACGAAUGUUCAAUAUCCAAUUCCUGUAUGUCCUCCCUAUGUGCCGACGGAAAAUCCCACCGGCACCUAUCGACGAGUCUUUCAUAUCCCAACAGGGUGGGAACCGGACUCGCAACUACGACUCAGGUUCGAUGGAGUUGACUCUGCUUACCAUAUUCGUGUAAAUGGCGUUCUUGUCGGCUAUGCCCAAGGUUCUCGAAAUGCAUCCGAAUUUGAUGUGACCGCCUACGUCAACUGGGAAGGCCAUAACGAGCUCUCGGUCACUGUCUAUCAGUGGUCUGAUGCGACUUAUAUCGAGGAUCAGGACCAAUGGUGGCUUUCUGGCAUUUAUCGGGACGUUUAUCUUCUCGCAUUUCCAUCGAAGCAUCGAAUUGAGGACUGGUUCAUCCGCACAGACCUGGUCAACGAAUACCAGGACGCGACAUUGACCGCAACCGUUGACAUCCUGAAUCAAGGUGAAGGGACCUUGAAGCUGACUCUUGAAGAGUUGGCCAAGAAUGGAGGCGGUCUUAUUGGAGAAACCCAGGUUCUGGUUGACUCUGACACUACAAGGGUCAACCUAAGUCUUUCCGUCUCCGGCCCUAAAAAGUGGACAGCUGAAACACCGCACCUUUAUCGGGCGAAGCUGCAGCUUGAGAAUGGAACCAGAAUACUCUCUGUCUUCCAGAAUGUUGGCUUUCGCACUGUUGAGCUCUUGAAUGGCCUCAUCUCAGUCAAUGGCAAAGCCAUAAGGAUUCGGGGCGUUAAUCGCCAUGAUCACCAUCCUCGCUUCGGACGUGCAGUGCCAAUCGACUUCAUCAGAAAGGAUUUGAUUUUGAUGAAGUCACACAACCUCAAUGCCGUCAGAUGCAGUCACUAUCCAUCAGACCCUCGGCUUUAUGAUAUCGCCGACGAGCUGGGGUUAUGGGUCAUGGAUGAAGCUGAUCUAGAGUGUCAUGGGUUCUCACGUGCUGUCACGCGGCCGCUGAAUUUGUCCAAGGAAUUGACUUAUGGGGCAAGAAAAGAAAUGGUUUUCAAAAAGUCUGCGGUGUACACCUCUGACAAUCCGACAUGGAAAAACGCAUAUGUGGAUCGAAUACGCUCGAUGCUCCAUCGCGACAAGAAUCACCCCAGUAUCAUCAUCUGGUCCUAUGGAAAUGAGUCAUUCUUUGGACGGAACCACCAGGCCAUGCAUGAUUUCACCAAGAUGGCAGACCCCACGCGACUGAUACACUACGAGGGGGACUCCGCCGCCAAAAUUGCGGACAUGUACUCGUUCAUGUACUCACCACUGGAUGAACUCGUGGAUUUGGCCAAAUCAGUCGGCGUGACAGAAGAUGGCAGGUAUGACAAGCCCAUUGUUCUGUGUGAGUAUGGUCAUGCCAUGGGAAAUGGCCCAGGUUUACUUGACGAUUACGAAGAGGCCUUCCGUACAUAUCCGAGGCUACAAGGUGGUUGGAUUUGGGAAUGGGCCAACCACGGACUGUGGAAAGAAGACGACCAAACUACAAAGGGCUUCUACGCAUACGGAGGGGAUUUCAACGAUUUCCCAAACGAUGGCGCAUUUGUCAUGGACGGACUCUGUGGCAGCACACACACUCCGACACCUGGUUUGACCGAGUUCAAAAAGGUCAUUCAGCCUGUGCACCUGUCCAGGGAUGGUAACCAACUAGUCAUUCAAAACCUUUAUGACUUUGCUAAUUUGGACCACUUGAUGGUUUCCUACAAAGUAGAAGAGUUCCAUCAGGAGUCAACUAUUCUGUCAUCCGGAAUGCUAGACGCACCACGAAUAGAUGCUGGAAAGACGGUCAAAAUCCCACUGCCUCAAUCCGCGAUAAACAUUCAAAGUCAAUCGGAAGUUAUCCUGACAAUCACCCUGCAACUGUGCAAGUCUUUUCCAUGGGCACCAUUCGGGCAUGAGAUCGCCUGGGUCCAGUUGCCUCUGACCGAGCCUGGGAAAAUACUCUUGGAUACACCCCAGCUCUCGAUUGCUCGCCAGCCGAGGUCGAAAAUCUCGAAGCAAACUUUGGGCACGAACUUGACGGUCUGGGGACCAGAUUGCAAAUUUGAAUUCGAUCAGGCGAGAGGUUGCCUCAAAAGCUGGACGUCAGGAAACACCCCAAUUCUCGAGUCGGAUCCAUCGACAAACGCAGCCAUCAUACCGUCCUUCUGGCGGCCACCAACCGAUAACGAUGUCCCCAAUUCACUGCCAUACUGGAAGCGCUAUGCGCUUGACAAGAUGACUAGCCAGCUGCGCUCUUUUACAACUCACAGCAUUAAAGACGGGCUAAGGGUUACAGCUAAGACAUUCUUGUCCCCUCCAGUCCUCGACUGGGGAUGGGAUUGCAGGAUUGACUACACAAUUCUCGCAACCGGAGCACUUGAUGUAUGCGUCCAUCUUCAGCCCACAGGCUCCUACCCCAAGCAUGUUCCUCGGGUGGGCUUGAACCUCCGCGCCGAUCAUGCUCUUGCUCAAGCACAAUGGUUUGGUCUCGGGCCUGGAGAAGCGUAUCCUGACAAGCGUAGCGCGCAAAGACUCGGAAUAUGGAGCGUGGAUUCCGUCAGGGACCUUCACACGCCGUACGAGGUGCCGCAAGAAAAUGGGAAUCGUAUGGACGCGAGGUGGCUUUCACUCACAAACACUCACGGGGCUGGACUACGGGCUCGAAUGAGCGUCGAACCUGGUAGCGAAAGCCGCAAUUCGCCAUUUACUGGUUUUAAUUGGGCCGCAAGCCGGUAUUCCGCAGUGACGAUUGAGGAGGCGAAGCACCCGUGCGAUUUGAUUGAGGAGAACGCAACGCUGCUCAGACUCGAUGCGAAGGUCGCCGGCGUGGGUUCGGCUGCUUGUGGACCAGGCGUGACUGGGAAAGAUCUUGUGCACGUACAAGAAGUGACUUUUGGAUUCAGGCUGGAGAGUGUCAAGUAG